AUGAACGUUAAUAAGGAACUUGAAUUAAUGGGUUAUCAACAUCAAACCGAGAAAUUUAUAAAGACACUUGAUCAUCUAUCAAAAACUCCUCACUGGAUUGAACGACUUGAACAGUUGCUUGAUUGUGGCGUGGAACUUGGGCAAAUAAAUAGUAUUUUUGAAUUCUUAGAUAAAAAUCUUUCUACGGUUAAUGAAAAUUGUUGGAAAUUGAUAACAGAAUUAUCAAAUGCUGUUGAUUUUAUCGACUUCUUAAAGAAUAUUGCCGAUCAUGAUAUUACGAAUUUGAUUAACGGUGUAGAUGAUCACUCGGAUGAAAAAUUGAUUCAAGAGGAUACGGUAACGUCGCUUAUUCAAGUCAAGCAAUUUUUAAUGCCUCUCAUGGAAAAAAAAACGGACACUGUUGCCGAUGUUUUGAAUGUAUUAUUAAAUCUUAUUAAGACCAAUCCCACACUAGGAGACAAGAUCUCGUUAUGUAGUAAUAGCAAUAUGGCAUUACAAAACAUGUACAAUAGCAUUUCGAACCGAGCUCUUUUAAUUGCCACAACAAAAACUACGUUUAGGAUAAAUUAUGGUGGUGUAAUAAACGAUAAAGAUGAGGAAAUGUCCAACAUUAUAGACGAUUUUAUUGUCCAAGUUGAUACCGCCCAAGAAAUAUUUAAUGUAGGAUCAGUAUUGAUCCAAAUGGGACAUUUUGGUUAUAGAAUAUAUGAACAAAAAUUACAUGGCACAGAAAGUAUGAUAAAUUACUUAAAAAGUUUAAAAAAUGAACUUGACGAAUGGAAAGAAAUAGUGGAUAAAGCACAAGAGAUGUGUUAUUAUUUAACAUUCUUCCCUUCUCGUAACAUUUUAGCAUUCUAUGAUUAUUUCACAUCAGAAAAUUUAUAUAUGGAAAUUGAAGAAGAAUGUAAAAUAUUGAUUAGAUUUGUUAACAGCAAAGCCCAGUUACCUCCUCGAGAGGGUGUCCAAAAGAUACCACAUGAAUCUAAUGAUUAUUUGUCUCUUGGACAACACGUAAAGUCGGAUAUCGUUACGAAGGGUAAAUCAUUCGUUGCGGCUUGCAACAACAUAUCAUUAGUUUCAAAUAUCAUCAUGUCGUUGUUUGCAAAUCAUGGAUCUUACCCGGAACCAUGGCAACUUUUAAUAUGCACCUCUUCAACUACCAUUGAAGAGCUCUCAAUUUUCAUUAAAAGAAGUUUUUUUGCUUCAAAUAAUAGAUAUGAGAAUCACUUAUUCUGUAUUGCAAACCUAGAAUUAUUAGACUUUGAAUUACAAUAUAGUUUGAGAGGCAGGAAUGCGCCAUCAUAUCUUAGAUCAAAUGUUCACGAGACAAUGAAAGAAAUUUAUUAUAAUUUAUGUAAAAAUGUUAUAGCUGUCUCAUCCGACUUAUCCGGGCAAGGUAAUACUGAAUGGAUUAAAGAAAGCAGCUACAAUAAAAAGAAAAUUCCGCGUAGCUUUUUAAUAAGCGAUGCUAUUAACCUUAGGCAUAGUUUCUACAAAUGUCGAUAUAGCUUGUCUUCCAUCCUAAAAAACGCUAUACACAUUUUUAUUGAAAUAGCCUCUACUACUGAACAACGUUUACGUAGUUCACUUCCUAUGUUAGGAUUUCUAUUGUCUGAACAUUUAUCUUGGAAUAUAGGCAAUUUAAAGAUUUCUUGA